CGUUUUCAUUCUUGAUCGGCUCUCCUACAUAAUAGCUUCUCCCGUAAACAAAACAAACAUGGCAGCCUCCGUCAGUCGAUCGCUACUGAAACUGAGAUUCCAGAGUAAUACUAAUCAUGGGAAAGUAUUUCGCAAUUUUUCCUUAUCAUAUCAACGAAAAAGUGAAGCGGGACCACAAGCUAAAUAUUUCCCUGCCAUGUCAUCACCCAUGCUCCCCAAAGAUGCAUUUAAAGGCAAGACAGCCUUUAUAACUGGUGGGGGAACAGGUUUAGGGAAAGGAAUGACCACCAUGUUAUCUCAGCUAGGAGCCCAAGUUGUCAUCACAAGCAGAAAAUUGCCUGUGUUGGAGAAAACAGCUGAAGAAAUAAGUGGAUCAACAGGAAACAAGGUUCUAGCUGUUGCAGCUGAUGUCCGUGACCCUGACAGUGUAAAGGCUGCUGUGGAUCGUUGCGAGGAGGAGUUUGGAUUACCCAGCAUUAUUAUCAACAAUGCAGCAGGAAACUUUAUUUCUCCCACAGAGAGACUCUCCCCUAAUGCAUGGAAAACAGUGGUGGACAUUGUCCUCAAUGGAACUGCUAUUGUAACCUUAGAACUGGGGAAAAGACUAAUCAAAGCAAAACAGGGGGCUUCCUUUUUGUCCAUAACAACAAUUUACACAGGUAGUGGAUCAGGCUUUGUCACACCAAGUGCAGCAGCGAAAACUGGAGUGGAGGGCUUAACAAAGUCUUUAGCAGCAGAGUGGGGUAGAUACGGGAUGCGAUUCAAUUGUAUAGCCCCUGGACCAAUAGAAACAAAGGGUGCAUUUAGUCGUCUUGACCCCACAGGGCAGUGGAAGGAAAAGCUGAUUGAUGUUUUACCGGUGGGUCGGUUGGGUCAGGUUACAGAGAUUGCGAACUUGGCCUGCUACAUGGUCAGUGAUUAUUCCAACUGGAUGAGUGGAAGUGUUGUUUGUUUUGAUGGUGGAGAGUAUGUAAUGAGAGCAGGUGAAUUCAAUGAUUUAAAGAUUGUAACAAAUGAACAGUGGGACCAGCUGGAGGCCAUGAUCAGAAAAACCAAGGGAUCAUAGAUGUAAUUAAAUGAUGUGUGUCAUUUCUGUGAUACUUCCACUGAUGUGAAGAAGGGAUGAUUUUGAGUAAUUUACAAAGAAGCAUGUACAUACAUACACUGUACAAUAUAAUGCAAUAGAAUCAUAAACAUAUACUUCUGUUAAA